AUGCCACUCUAUUCAUUAACUUGUCUAGCAUUACAUUAUCCAACUUAUGCACCUUUGCGAGCAUUAGUUCAUACUUCUACUAGCUUGGUACAUAAGAAUGGAGGAUUGGUUAGAAAGAUUGAUUAUCUUGGGAAACGGAAUACUACUCAAAGGAUUAAAGCUAAUUCAAUUCAAGGUGGAGUAGAUGAAGCUGAUUAUUGGACCAUGAUGUUUGAUGCAAAUCCUCCAACAGUUAAAGAAUUAACAGAAAGACUAAGAGUAGAUCCAAGAGUACUAAGACAUACAACCUUAUUAGUAGGAAAAAAAUUAUCAGAAGUCAUGAAACCUCAAUGGAAUUUAACUUUACAAGAAUCGAUAAAUCUACCAAAUGAAGAUCUUAAACUUGAAAUCCAUCAACGUGCACUUGAUCUUCAUUCUACUAAUUCUUCUAAACCUUCACCACUUUCUUUUUUCUAA